AUGUCGCAAUACGAAGAAAAGCGAGACUCUCUCGAUGUUAAGAAGGACAUCUCGACGCUUGAGUAUAUGGCACAGGAUGAUCCAUGGGCAUUCAACGGCAAGUCGGAGGAGUGGCAUGCGGAGUACAACAAGAAAUUACUUCGGAAGAUUGACUUUCGCAUGCUGCCCUUGUUAUCAUACAUGUUCCUAGUGAGCUAUCUUGACAGAAGUAACCUGGCCCAAGCUCGACUGGGUAAUUUACAACAAGACUUGGGUCUCCAUGGCACCCAAUUCAACACCGCCACCUCAAUCCUCUUCGUCGGAUAUCUACUCAUGCAACUCCCUUCCAACUUGCUUUUCACUCGCGUCAAACCCGCAAUCUAUCUACCCACAGUGAUGGUUAUCUGGGGUGUAAUUAGUGGUUGUCAAGCCGCAGCCCAAAACUUCGGUGGACUGCUCGCUGUGCGAUUCCUUCUUGGUUUCGCUGAAGCGCCUUACUUUCCCGGAGCAGUUUAUAUGCUAUCAACUUGGUACACGCGUGCUGAACUCUCGAAGCGAUUUGCGUUCUUCUAUGCUGGUCCGGCUUUGGCUAACAUGUUUGGUGGCCUGAUUGCUGCCGGGGUCCUCAAAGACAUGGACGGUUACCGCGGUCUUGCCGCAUGGCGAUGGCUAUUCAUCAUCGAAGCACUAAUGACAGUUUGCGUUGCUGUUCUCGCCUACUUCAUUCUUCCCAACUUUCCUCAUACAACCAAUUGGCUAUGCGAAGAGGAACGUGCAUACGCUCAAUGGCGUAUUGCAAACGACAUUGGAGAAAGCUCCGCCGAUGAGGACGAUAGUAACAAGGGCCUACUGCAUGUUGCCAAACUCGCAGUUACCGAUUACCGGACAUGGAUCUUUGUGCUCAUGCAGCAUUGCGUUUUGCUCUCGCAGACUGUCACGUUUUUCUUUCCUAGUGUUGUCAACACGUUGGGCUAUGGCAACAUUGAGACACUGUUGCUUACAGCUCCUGUUUGGGUGGCUACAUUUCUACUCAAUCUAUUGGUCAUGUGGUCUGCCUCGCGAACAAAUGAGCGAUGCUUUCAUCUGUGUGCCUCAAUGGCUUUGACGAUCGCUGGAAACAUUAUGCUCAUUUCUAUCCAUUUACGAGGUCCUCGUUUCCUCGGAAUGUUUUUCAUGGCUAUGGGUGCUCAGCCUGCAUUCAUGAUUAUACUUACCUGGGUUCCCAACACCUUCCCCCGACCUCUCGGUAAACGUGCCGCAAUCACAGCACUGGUCAACAUGAUCGGAAACACCUCAAACAUCUAUGGCAGUUAUCUGUAUCCUUCAAGCGCCGCACCGCAAUACGUCUUUGGCGGUGCCACCAUUGCCGGGGUAGGCGUUGUGUGUAUGGCUUGCGCUAUCACGAUGCGAUUUAUUCUUGUUCGCGAGAAUAAGAAACUAGACAAGGUUGAGCGGGAAGGCGAUUUUACGCUCGCUCCUAGUUUGAGUGUCAAGGAGCGUGAGAGGAGGGAUUUGGCGAGGACAGGGUUUAGGUCGGAGGCAUCAUGGAUGUUCUACGGGACGAUUGAUCAGUUCAUAAAAAAGGCCUGA